CGGGCCUUAGGAGCCCACAGGCCCCGGAGAAGCGGCGCCGAGCUUUGGAGCCCGCGGGUCGGAGCGUGGGGUGUGCGCGGCCGACCCACCCGUGGGGGUGACGCGAGCGUUGAGGGCGCGAGGGGAGGCGAGCCACCAUGUUCAGCCAGCAGCAGCAGCAGCAGCUCCAGCAGCAGCAGCUCCAGCAGUUACAGCAGCAGCAGCUCCAGCAGCAGCAACUGCAGCAGCAGCAAUUACUGCAGCUCCAGCAGCUGCUCCAGCAGUCCCCACCACAGGCUCCGUUGCCCGUGGCUGUCAGUCGGGGGCUCUCCCCACAGCAGCCACAGCAGCCGCUUCUGAAUCUCCAGGGCACCAACUCAGCCUCCCUUCUCAACGGCUCCGUGCUGCAGAGAGCUUUGCUUUUACAGCAGUUACAAGGUAACCUCCGAGGCUACGGCAUGGCAACCCCAGGUCUCCCAGCCCCCAGCCUGACAGCCCCCAGCCUCACACCCCCGCAACUGGCUACUCCAAAUUUGCAACAGUUCUUUCCCCAGGCCACUCGCCAGUCCUUGCUGGGACCCCCUCCUGUUGGGGUCCCCAUGAACCCCUCCCAGUUCAACCUUUCAGGACGAAACCCCCAGAAACAAGCCCGGACCUCCUCCUCUACCCCCAAUAGAAAGGAUUCUUAUUCUCAGACAAUGCCUGUGGAAGACAAGACAGACCCCCCAGAGGGGUCUGAGGAAGCCGCAGAGCCCCGGAUGGACACAUCAGAAGACCAAGAUUCACCGCCCUGCCCAGAGGACAUCGCCAAGGAAAAACACGCUCCAACACCCGAGCCUGAGCCUUGUGAGUUGUCCGAGCCACCAGCCAAGAGGUUGAGGAGCUCAGAAGAGGUCACAGAGAAGGGACCUCUGGGGCAGCUACAGGUGAAGGUCCAGCCACAGGCCCGGAUGACAGUACCGAAGCAGACACAGACACCAGAUCUGCUGCCUGAGCCCCUGGAAGCCCAAGUGCUGCCACGAUUCCAGCCACGGGUCCUGCAGGUCCAGGCCCAGGUGCAGCCACAGACUCAGCCACGGAUACCACCCACAAACAACCCGGUGCAGCCAAAGCUGCAGAAACAGGCACAAACACAGACUUCUCCAGAGCACUUAGUCCCGCAACAGAAGCAGGUGCAGCCACAGCUGCAGCAGGAGGCAGAGCCGCAGAAGCAGGUGCAGCCACAGGUACAGCCACAGGCACGUUCACAGGCCCCAAGGGAGGUGCAGCUGCAGCAGGAGGCAGAGCCACAGAAGCGGCUGCAGCCCCAGGCACAUUCACAGCCCCCAAGGCAGGUGCAGCUGCAGCUGCAGAAGCAGGCCCAGACACAGACAUAUCCACAGGUCCACACACAAGCACAGCCAAGGGUCCAGCCACAGGAGCAGCCCCCAGUGCAGGUGCCAGUACAGCCACCAGAGCAGACUGAUGAGCAGCCUCAGACCCAGCCACAGGUGUCGGUGCUGGCUCCAGAGCAGGCACCAUUUGGGGUUCAUGUCUGCGGGCUGGAGACGCCGCCUGAUACAGUAGAAGCCGGUGGAGGCAUGGAAAAGACCUUGCCAGAACCUGUGGGCACCCAAGUGAGCGUGGAAGAGAGCCAGAAGGAGCCAGCCAGUGGCCUAGAUGUCGGAGAAUGUGAAAACAGAGUGAGAGAGAUGCCGGGGGUGUGGGGUGCUGGGGGCUCCCUGAAGGUCACCAUUCUGCAGAGCAGUGACAGCCGGGCCUUUAGCACUGUACCCCUGACACCCGUGCCCCGUGCCAGUGACUCUGCCUUCUCCACCCCUGUGGCUACCAGCACGCCCUCUAAGCAGACCCUCCAGUUCUUCUGCUACAUCUGCAAGGCCAGCUGCUCCAGCCAGCAGGAGUUCCAGGACCAUAUGUCGGAGCCUCAGCACCAGCAGCGGCUAGGGGAGAUCCAGCAUAUGAGCCAAGCCUGCCUCCUGUCCCUGCUGCCUGUGCCCCGGGAUGUCCUGGAGACAGAGGAUGAGGAGCCUCCACCAAGGCGCUGGUGCAACACCUGCCAGCUCUACUACAUGGGGGACCUGAUCCAACACCGAAGGACACAGGACCACAAGAUCGCCAAACAAUCCCUGCGACCCUUCUGCACCAUUUGCAACCGCUACUUCAAAACCCCUCGCAAGUUUGUGGAGCACGUGAAAUCCCAGGGGCAUAAGGACAAAGCCAAGGAGCUGAAGUCGCUUGAGAAAGAGAUUGCUGGCCAAGAUGAGGACCACUUCAUUACAGUGGACGCUGUGGGUUGCUUUGAGGGUGAUGAAGAAGAGGAAGAGGACGACGAGGAUGAAGAAGAAGAGAUCGAGGUUGAGGAGGAAUUCUGCAAGCAGGUGAGGUCCAGAGAUAUAUCCAUAGAGGAGUGGAAGGGCUCAGAGACCUACAGCCCCAAUACUGCCUAUGGUGUGGACUUCCUGGUGCCUGUGAUGGGCUACGUCUGCCGUGUCUGCCACAAGUUCUAUCACAGCAACUCAGGGGCUCAGCUCUCCCACUGCAAGUCCUUGGCCCACUUUGAGAACCUGCAGAAAUACAAGGCGGCCAAGAACCCCAGCCCCACCACCCGACCUGUGAGCCGCCGGUGCGCAAUCAACGCCCGGAACGCUUUGACAGCCCUGUUCACCUCCGGCGGCCGCCCACCCUCCCAGUCCAGCACCCACGACAAAACACCCAGCAAGGCCCUUUGAACAUGCUGCUGUCUCUGCCUGGAAUGUGCUGAGUCCUCCCAUCUUCCUUCCCUCCUCUCCUCCUGGAUGAGUCCCACUCAUCCUUCAAGUCUCAGUAUGGAAGUCACCACUGGGAGCCCAUCCAAUGCUCCAGACUGGAUCAGGCCUCCAUGCUGAGCCCCUAGCCCUCCUCAGCCCUCCACGGCUCUCCCUCCAGGAUUGACCGCUGUGCUUAUCUGAGUGCUGUUAUGUUUCCCCAUGGGAGGUGAACAGUCGUGUUCGCUGCUGGCUCCCUGCUACUCUCAGUGUUGCAAUAAGCAUCUGUUGAUUGACUGAGUGAGUGAAUGAAUGGAGCUUCUGACUUUCCAGCCUCUCUGCCAUUGCUCAGCUAUCCCUGCAGCCUAGAAUGCCUCAGCCACAACAGCCCUUCAAGGACCAGCUCCAAAUGCCUCCUCCAAGAAGUCUUCCCUGAUCUCCACUAGAAACCAUCACU